AUGCAUAUCAAGGCCCUCCUCACAGAGACCCAGGGCACCGGGGCACCCUCAUUCUCCUUCGAGUACUUCCCGCCCAAGACGGCUCAGGGUGUUCAGAACCUCUACGACCGCAUGGACCGCAUGUACAAUUUCGGUCCCAAGUUCAUUGAUAUCACAUGGGGUGCCGGCGGUCGUCUAGCCGAGCUCACCUGCGAGAUGGUCAACCAGGCCCAGUCCGUCUACGGCCUUGAGACGUGCAUGCACCUGACGUGCACCGACAUGGGCCUCGAAAAGGUCAACGACGCCCUCGACAGGGCCUACAAGGCCGGCUGCACAAACAUCCUCGCUCUGCGCGGAGACCCGCCCCGCGAGCAGGAGAAGUGGACUGCCACCGAUGACAGCUUCCAGUACGCCAAGGACUUGGUCAGGCACAUUCGCAAGACAUACGGCGACCACUUUGACAUCGGUGUUGCCGGAUACCCCGAGGGGUGCGACGACAACAAGGACGAGGACCAGCUGCUCGAUCACCUCAAGGAGAAGGUCGACGAGGGUGCGUCCUUCAUUGUCACGCAGAUGUUCUACGACGCCGACAACUUCAUUCGCUGGGUCGGCAGGGUCCGCGAGCGCGGCAUCACCCUCCCCAUCCUGCCCGGCAUCAUGCCCAUUGCCACCUACGCCAGCUUCGUGCGCCGCGCCAACCACAUGCAGUGCAAGAUCCCCCAGGAUUGGAUGGACAAGCUCGAACCCGUCAAGAGCGACGACGUAGCCGUCCGCGAGAUUGGCAAGACGCUCGUCGCCGACAUGUGCCGCAAGCUCCUCGCCAGCGGCAUUCACCAUCUUCACUUCUACACCAUGAACCUGGCCCAGGCCACGCGCAUGCUGCUUGAGGAGCUCAACUGGGCGCCCUCGGCCGAGCGUCCCUUCAAGCCCGCGCUUCCCUGGAAGCCGUCCAAAGGCCUCGGCCGCCGCGACGAGGAUGUGCGCCCCAUAUUCUGGCGCAACCGCACCAAGGCAUACAUCGCCCGCACCCAGGACUGGGAUGAGUUCCCCAACGGCCGCUGGGGUGAUUCGAGGUCCCCUGCCUUUGGCGAGCUGGACGCGUACGGCGUGGGACUGACCGGCACCAACGAGGCCAACCGCAAGAAGUGGGGGGAGCCCAAGUCUCUGCGCGACGUGGCCGACCUCUUCUGCCGCUACCUCAACCGGGGUGUCGACUCCCUGCCCUGGAGCGAGUCGCCCCUCACCGAGGAGUCUGACCCCAUCAGGGACCGCCUCCUCUCCCUCAACAGCCGCGGCUUCCUGACCAUCAACUCCCAGCCCGCCGUCGACGGCGCCAAGUCGACGCACCCGGUCCACGGCUGGGGACCCUCCAACGGUUACGUCUACCAGAAGUCGUACCUCGAGGCCCUGGUCCACCCGGACCUGCUGCCCAAGGUUCUCGAGCGCAUCGCCCAGCACCCUGAGCUCACCUUUUACGCCGUCACCAAGGCCGGCAACCUGACGUCCAACACGCCCGCCGAGGGUCCCAACGCCGUCACCUGGGGCGUCUUCCCCGGCAAGGAGAUUGUCCAGCCCACGAUUGUCGAGAGCGUCAGCUUCCUCGCCUGGAGAGACGAGGCCUUCCAGCUGGGCAUGGACUGGGCCAAGUGCUUCGACGCCUCGUCGCCCAGCCGCCAGCUGAUCGAGCACAUCAUGACUGAGUGGCAUCUCAUCAACAUCGUCAACAACGACUUCCACGACAGCAGCACCAUAUUUGACAUCUUCAACGACCUCGCCCUCGAAAGGGAUAUCCUGGAGAAGCCAUUCGCCGGCGAGCCCCAAGCCAGCAGAGCGGCCGCUGCCACCACCACCAACGGUGCUGCUGCUUCCGAGCCUGCCGCUGCCGCUGCCGCUGCUUAA